AUGGGAUCUUUAAGGCUGAAGACAUGUUUUUCUCUGAAUGACGAGGACAUUCACAUGUUUCCUGUCUCUUGUCCAGCUUUAUUUUCCAGACACAUGGACGACUUCAUCGAGGCGGUGAAGCAGGUGGAGGACGGGUCGCCGGGAUCAGACCCGGUUGCCGUGGUGAGGAUGCUCCGCCGGGCGGCCGGCCUCGACGACGCGUUCAUUCGGCAUUUCCUCGGUAACGUUGAUUCCAACCGUCCAGACAUGAAGGCGAACCUCUCUGCUUACUUCAGCGAGGCUGUGCCUCACAGGGUGACUGGAAGCUCGGAAGAAGAAGGCGUGGUUCUGACUCCGGACGGCACCACCGUCGCCCUGGCGCCGCUCCUUCUGGGCAUCGAGGCGGGCUUUCUCCCCAAAUCUGCGGGCCGCCUGCGCAGCCUGUACCAGCUCACCCUCGGCAAAGAUCUGGUAAGCUCUGCAGUCCCCCAGCGACUGGGACCGGACGGCUGCUGGGACAGCGUCACGUCUCCGCGGGUCUUCACCCUCCUGGGCCGCCCGUCCCUUCUCACCACGGCUCAGGUCAACGGCGGCGUGGACGGCGUUCUUCUGGGUAAGGAGGUCGUCUCCGCCAAGCCCCGACGUCCCGUGAAGAUCAGCAGCCUGCUGGCAGAGUACUACAGCCGCCCGCUGGGGAGCGCGGGACUGGACGCCGCCCCCCCGAUCAUCAGCAGGCGUCGCAGGGAGAACUUCAAGCGGCUGCUGGUGGACCCUCAGGUGCUGGAGAGACAGCUGGUGGACCCCCAGGUGCUGGAGAGACAGCUGGUGGACCCCCAGCUGAAAAGAGUGACAAACGGCAGAAUUACUGGCGGAAAUCCCGAAAGUAGAACGUCGUGGAUCCAGACUACACUGUUUAAUGCUUAUGGAUUUGAAGGGGUUCCCACUGUUGCAGACAAACGCUCCAAUAUUAAGCGAUCUAAUCCCAUUAAAGGAAUUUAA